AUUUUUUAUUAAUUAGCAUCGGCACAAAUUGUAUUUCUCUAAGUUUUGAGCUUCGUUCCAAAACUUAUAUUUUCAUUUUCAUGUCUACGUAGAACGUAUUUGUUGCAGGAACAGACACAAGUGCUGCUGCUGUGAUAUGGGCUAUGAGUUUUCUAAUGAAAAAUCCUAAAACAAUGAAAAAAGUUCAAGAUGAAAUAAGAAGCUUAAUUGGGAAAAGGGGUUUUGUAGAUGAAGACGAUAUUCAACAAUUGCCUUAUCUUAAAGCUGUGGUGAAAGAGAUGAUGAGACUGCAACCAACAGUUCCAUUGCUAGUCCCAAGAGAAACAGUUCACAAGUGCACUUUAGGUGAGUAUGAAAUAGCUGAAAAGACACUAGUUUACGUGAAUGCAUGGGCAAUUGGGAGGGAUCCUGAAGCUUGGGAGAAGCCAUUGGAGUUCCGUCCAGAGAGAUUUUUGGAUACUUGUAUUGACAUGAAAGGACAGGAUUAUGAGUUAAUACCAUUUGGAGCUGGCAGGAGAAUUUGUCCUGGAAUAUUUAUGGGAAUUGCCAAUGUGGAGCUUUCACUCGCUAAUCUUCUUUACAAAUUUGAUUGGGAAAUGCCUGAUGGGAUGAAAAGGGAGGACAUAGACACCGAUAAUGUCCUGCCAGGAAUUGCUGUGCACAAGAGGGAGCACCUCUGCUUGAUGGCUAAGAAAUAUAUCUAA